CGCGCCGGCCGUCGGUCACGUGGCCCCCGGCCAGGGCUGGCGAAGCCGGAAGUGUCCUGAGACUCCAGGAGGCCGCGGGAGCCCGCUGGCGGUGGCGCGGCGGAGACCGGGCGCGUAUAACAAGAUCUCUGGACCAAGUCGAGAUGCAGAGCACUUCCAAUCAUCUGUGGCUUUUGUCUGAUAUUUUAGGCCAAGGAGCUACUGCAAAUGUCUUUCGUGGGAGACAUAAGAAAACUGGUGACUUGUUUGCUAUCAAAGUAUUUAAUAACAUAAGCUUCCUUCGUCCAGUGGAUGUACAAAUGAGGGAAUUUGAAGUAUUAAAAAAACUCAAUCAUAAAAAUAUUGUCAAAUUAUUUGCUAUCGAAGAGGAGACAACAACAAGACAUAAAGUACUUAUUAUGGAAUUUUGUCCAUGCGGGAGUUUAUACACUGUUUUAGAAGAGCCAUCUAAUGCCUAUGGACUACCAGAGUCUGAAUUCUUAAUUGUUUUGCGAGAUGUGGUGGGUGGAAUGAAUCAUUUGCGAGAGAAUGGCAUAGUGCACCGUGAUAUCAAGCCAGGAAAUAUCAUGCGCGUUAUAGGGGACGAUGGACAGUCUGUGUACAAACUCACAGACUUUGGUGCGGCCAGAGAAUUAGAAGAUGGUGAGCAGUUUGUUUCUCUUUAUGGCACAGAGGAAUAUUUGCAUCCUGAUAUGUAUGAGAGAGCAGUGCUGAGAAAAGAUCAUCAGAAGAAAUAUGGAGCAACGGUUGAUCUUUGGAGCAUUGGGGUAACAUUUUACCAUGCAGCUACAGGAUCACUGCCAUUUAGACCAUUUGAAGGGCCACGUAGGAAUAAGGAAGUGAUGUAUAAAAUAAUUACUGGAAAGCCUUCUGGUGCAAUAUCGGGAGUACAGAAAGCAGAAAAUGGACCAAUCGACUGGAGUGGAGACAUGCCUGUUUCUUGUAGUCUUUCUCGGGGUCUUCAAGUUCUACUUACCCCUGUUCUUGCAAAUAUCCUUGAAGCUGAUCAGGAAAAGUGUUGGGGUUUUGACCAGUUUUUUGCAGAAACUAGUGAUAUACUUCAUCGAAUGAUAAUUCAUGUUUUUUCACUACAACAAAUGACAUCUCAUAAGAUUUACAUUCAUAGCUAUAACACUGCUACUAUAUUUCAUGAACUGGUGUAUAAACAAACCAAAAUUGUUUCUUCAAAUCAAGAACUUAUAUAUGAAGGACGUCGCUUAGUUCUAGAACCUGGAAGACUGGCACAGCAUUUUCCUAAAACUACUGAGGAAAAUCCCAUCUUCUUAGUAAGUCGGGAACCUCUGAGUACCAUAGGACUGAUAUAUGAAAAAAUUUCCCUCCCUAAAGUGCAUCCACGUUAUGAUUUAGAUGGGGAUGCUAGCAUGGCUAAGGCAAUAACAGGAGUUGUGUGUUAUGCCUGUAAAAUUGCCAGUACCUUGCUGCUUUAUCAGGAAUUAAUGCGAAAGGGGAUACGAUGGUUGAUAGAAUUAAUUAAAGAUGAUUAUAAUGAAACUGUUCACAAAAAGACAGAAGUUGUGAUCACAUUGGAUUUCUGCAUCAGAAACAUUGAAAAAACUGUGAAAGUAUAUGAAAAGUUGAUGAAGAUCAACCUAGAAGCAGCAGAGUUAGGCAAAAUUUCAGACAUAAACACCAAAUUGUUGAGGCUUUCCAGUUCUCAGGGAACAAUAGAAACCAGUCUUCAGGAUAUCGAAAGCAGGUUAUCUCCAGGUGGACUGCUGGCAGAUACAUGGGCCCAUCAAGAAGGCACUCAUCCAAAAGAUAGACAUGUAGAAAAACUGCAAGUCCUGUUAAAUUGCAUCACAGAAAUUUACUAUCAGUUCAAAAAAGACAAAGCAGAACGCAGACUAGCAUACAAUGAAGAGCAGAUCCACAAAUUUGAUAAGCAAAAACUGUAUUACCAUGCAACAAAAGCCAUGACCCACUUUACAGAUGAAUGUGUCAAAAAGUAUGAGGCAUUCUUGGAUAAGUCAGAAGAGUGGAUGAGAAAGAUGCUUCAUCUUAGGAAACAGUUAUUAUCCUUAACGAGUCAGUGUUUUGAUAUCGAGGAAGAAGUAUCGAAGUAUCAAGACUAUACUAAUGAGUUACAAGAAACUUUGCCUCAGAAAAUGUUUGCAGCCUCCAGUGGAAUCAAACAUACUAUGACCCCAAUUUAUCCAUGUUCUAACACAUUAGUGGAAAUGACUCUAGGUAUGAAGAAAUUAAAGGAAGAAAUGGAAGGUGUGGUUAAAGAACUUGCUGAAAAUAACCAUAUUUUAGAAAGGUUUGGCUCUUUAACCAUGGAUGGUGGCCUUCGCAGUGUUGACUGUCUUUAGCUUUCUAAGAAAUUUGAGAAAGGUUUCAGUUUGCACAAGGAAAUAAUGCUGAGGCAUUAAAUAAAUGCCUGUAUAGAUGGUCUCCUGUUUCUACAAUUCAGUAUUUGAUGUGGUCAUGUAAAUAUGUACAAUAUUGUAAAUACAUUAAAAAUAUAUAAAUUUU